AACUUUGACUGAGUCAAGACGGCUUACGUCAACUCGAGCCGGUUCACCGGUCGUCUUACCUUAAAUUACGCUUUUUUUCACGUUGUUUUCACUUAUUCUCCCCAAAACUCGCCUUCAAAAUGAACAAUUUCCCCCAAAACGACGACGAGUCUUACGCCAACAUCAAAAUCGAAUACCACGACCCGACGGACACCGGCAGGGUGGUUUCUCAGACGUUUCCUCACCCCAGAGGCCAAGACGUAAAGAAAAUUUUCAAUAAUGUCGGCGGAUUCGUGCCUAAAAUCGCCGUCAAGCGAGAUUUUUUCACUGAAAAAGAAGAAAAGGUUAUUUUGGUAAACAGCUACUGGAAUCAGACGAACAAAACACAAAACUUUAUACCGGAGAUGCACAAUGUGCAGAACGAGGAAUUUUCUGCAUUUCCUGGGUUACUUAAGAGCUCAGAUCUGAUGGAUACGAGGGAUUUGGUGAGUCCGAGUCCGAGGGGAUCGGACAGUGGCAUAGAAUCGGACUGCGCAGAUGGAAAUUUGUCUUGGCUGUUGAACUACAAGAUCCAGGAAUUGCCGCCAGUGCCAGACAGUACGUCAACGGAAAACUUACUAAAUACGACUAGAAUGGUAAAUGUAGUACAACAGAAACCAAUUAACGAAAUAGUGAUUAGUGAAGGAUAUAGAGCUGGUAACCAGAAACUUAUAGGUCCCAAGAAGCCACCUUUUACGUAUACAGAGCUGAUAGAGCAUGCUCUAAGCGAGAAGGGCGAAUUGACAGUUUCUGGAAUAUACAACUGGAUAACCGAACAUUUCCCUUUCUACAAAGCAAACGACGACCGAUGGAAGAAUUCCGUCCGCCACAAUCUUUCCAUUAAUCCUCAUUUUCGAAAAGGUGGAAAGGCCAUUCAUGGCGCCGGACAUCUAUGGACCAUUGCUCAGAAGGAUGAACACAAAACAUGGCAAAUGAGACAACGUAUAAAUGAUUUUAUAAGAAUAUCUCAAAAGAAUACCAAACCACCGGAAGAAGAUGCUUUUGAUAAAGAAUUGCAGGUUGCUACACAAAGUAUCUUGGGCGAAAUUCAGCAAACUCAAAAUAUACAACCGGAAACACAAAACACAUUACCGACGACAAAUCAGAUUCAACAAAACGAAGAUAUCCACGUGGAAUUUAUCAACAUACCUGAAAGUACUACUGGACUGGAAGAUUUCCUCUCACCACCCGUAUCCAAACAGGAACUAGUUAACGAAUGCGGAUUGGGCAGCGAUUUCUUCAUAACCGACAUCAACCCCAAUCAACUGGGACUAAGUCUGGCCGAAGCGGAGGUCGCCGAAGAGGGAAUCUACGACGAAAUGUCCCUGGAGUACUACGGGCUGAAGGAGUAGUAUAGAUAGUACGCGAGGAACGAUUUAUAACCUUAUUAUAACGAUAUUUUAAGUGAAUAUAAACGUUUUAAGA